AUGUGGCCGAGCUCCGAAACCGGUUUAGUGAUCGUCGCCAGACUCGGAAAUAGUAGACACCUUGUCUUCCUCCGCAACUCAAGCUGGCCAAGCCUUCGGCUGAGAGAUGACAGACGUGUCGACCGCGAUGCCUCCGAUUGUGGUCUCUUUUUCGCAGUUGUUUUGAACGAAAUUGGGUUGUGUGGGAUGACGUUUGUGUGUGAAGAGAAGACCAAGUUCAAGGAAACGUCCAGCUAA